ACCUUCAAGUCCUACUACCCGAGCGGCGUAUAGGCAGUGCCCCAAAUCCAGCCCCGUGCAACGCAGUGAUAGGCGAUCUUUUCUGCAGAACUAACUAUAUCCGUUUCUGUGGACCGUCCUGCCUUAUCCGUUCGAGUGGCCCGUGGCUCGCGAUUUAAAAUGCCUAGCCUCAAAAGCGUUGCUGUCCCGGGGGCCUCCCACUCUCUCUCAUGCUCCUCCUGCCUUGAUCGCCUGCCGCCUGUCCCGUAUUCCGACGACACUGUUCCCGACAUCGUCAUGUCCGACAAAGACAGUGUUCGCAUUCAAAAGUCUGAUGCGCAGCCGCUGGUUGCGUACCACGCUCAGCAGAAGAGCGACGUCAACGAAGACCGCUGGAAAAGCGAGAUUUUCAGGAAGAUCAUCGAGAUAGAAGACCCACUGGACGCCUUUCUACAAGAGUUCGUACCUAGCUCGAAGCCAGUGCCCCCGCUUGCUAAGCGCAGAGGUGGCUAUUUCCGCAUUCCGAAGGACGUAACUGAGCCAGGCAUGUAUGAACCCAUCCGGAAGGGCCUUGAUAAACUCGUGGCGAGUUUUCCUACUCAGAAACAACCAAAGUUCUUCAAUUACGGUCACAAGGCAUUGCCAUUUCCCUUCGACGCCCUGCGUGCAGACUUCCACGCAACCAAGCCGGACGUCGUCGCCACGGUCCCAACCAUCCCCGCCGAUACCACAGCAUUGAAGUGGCGUAACGUCGCGUUCGUCAUUGAAGUCAAGCGCGCUGAUGACGACGAUCCGAUGCUGAAAGUCACCGAGAGGCGCAACAGUACGCUAGUCCAGCUCGCGAAAAGUGCACGCAAUAUCAUGCUUGCACAAGGAAGGCUGUUUGUCCUCCUCGUUGGGAUUUACGGCUCGAAGGCGCGUAUCUAUCGUUUCGACCGCGCUGGCGCAGUGGUCUCGCAGGCGUUCCAAUACGCACGCGAGCCAGCCAUCCUCUAUGAGUUCCUGUGGCGACUAGUCCAUCCGCACCACGUGGCCUGCAGAGUCGUCGGCGGCGAUCCAACGAUCCGUCUUGCAAACAAGAAGGAGCAACAGAAAGCGCAGAAUUGGGUGCACAAGCUGGACCCCACGUACAGUUUCACGCAUGAAGACAGGAAAGCAUGCCGCUUCAUCACGGUCAAUGACGGGGGGAACGACAAGACGUCUUCUCGCAAAUACCUCGUCUAUAGGCUACUCUUCGUGAACCCACGUCUGUUCACGCGCGGGACGGCGGUAUGGGAAGCGAUGGAGCUCAGUGGUCCAGGGAAUAAGAACACGGGGAAGCGUGUGGUCAUCAAGGAAUAUUGGCGGCAGCUGGUUCGGAUACCAGAAAGCGACUUCUACGAGGAGAUGAUCGAAGCGAACAUGGAGUUCAUGGGUAUAGCAGAUUACAAGUACGGUGAAGACUUGGGUGCGCCGGAGGCGCGUGACAUUCACCGGCCAGCCACUUUCCCAGUUUCCUCCGAAGAGGCUGGAGUUUCCCGCGACACGACUGGUGCGACGCAGGAAAACGCCACUUCUCAUGUGACGGAGGAACAUGGCGUUCUUGCAGGCGAAGGCGGGAUAAGGCGGUCUACUUCCAGCGAGCCUGACGCAGAAGGUUCAGAUGCCGCGGUGGAUGACGCAAUCCCUGGCGAAUCCAUUCACUAUAAUCCGCUGUCCUCCCCUCUUACGUCGUUGAGUUCCCUGUCCGCUAGAUCUGACUCUGCGAGGCGCGACUCCGAUGCGCAAGGCCCAGCCAGGUCCCCUUCGUCCGAUUCCUUACCUGUGCUCACACCCAGCCCUCCGCCUGAGGAGGCGGAGGAGUCGACCCCCCUAGGUCACCGCACUGUGAGUGGAUGGUACCACGCUGGGCAGAAACACCAGUUCUACGAGCGUAGCCACAUGCGUUUGGUCCUCGAGACCAUCGGGAUACCGCUGAGACAGUUCAAGAACACGCUAGAGCUUGUGAUCGCACUUUGCGAUGCGAUCGAAGGGCAUAAACGUGCUUACGAUGCUGGUGUCAUUCACAAGGACGUCAGUGAAGGUAACGUCAUGAUCGUCAGACGCGAAACCGGGCCUGGGGGCUUCCUCCAAGACUUUGAUUAUGCAUUCAGCUGGAAAAAAUUCCUCCGGCGACGUGGAUGGCAUGCUACCAAGGAGAGCUGGAAAGUCUACGUGCGUACGGGUCAAGGGAUCGUUGACCCUGCCAUAUGCGCCGAGGAUGCCCAAGCGGUGGAGGAACGAAAGAGAAGGCAUGACUGCAAGGAGCGCACGGGUACCGUACACUUCAUGGCCGUCGAUGUUGUGACCGGCGGUAUCACUCAGGACGUACGCCACGACCUAGAGUCCUUCUAUUGGCUACUGGUCUGGAUGCUUCUACGCUAUGCUGAGCACGAACACAGGAAUGGCAUUCAAGCAUGCCAGAAGCUGUUCGGCGGCAGUUCCGACGACACUUGCGGCGGGCAGAAAAUGUGGUGGCUGGUGCAACGAAAUGUUCUCACCAUCAAGAACAAUGCGCCCCUGAAUCAUCUUCUCGAGCGAUUCCGCUUGCUUUGCCGUAGCAACAUAUCGAAUUUAACGCUGUCCGAAAACCCGAUGUCACACGACGAAGUGCUACGGAUCUUCCACGAGGCUAUAGACAUGGAGGGCUGGCCGAACGAUGAUGCUGCCCGUGACUACCAACGUCCGCAGAAUGACAAGGAUCAAGAGCAACUGGAUGCAUUGGGCCAACUCAGGGAGAAGAGCUCCAUUGAGCCCAGUAGCAAGGCCCCCAGCCUCGAGGCCCUUAACUUUACCGUCCACACUGGCUCUGAAAUGGUAGUCCCCGAAGACCUUGAUGAAGACGAGGAUGAUAGGCAUCCCGACGACCGUCCGGUCCCGGGCCGUCGCCUCAAUUCGAUCCUGCAAUCACGAACCCCGCAACGAACGGACUCCGCUGGUCGUCAGGGCCAUGUCUCCUUUGGGGGAGCACUACUGUCAUCGGCGCCCGACCGACCUAUGGCAGACUCCUCGGACGGAAGACUGCCUGGUAGCCGUCGAAGAGGAAACACCUCGAGGGAUGCUGCCUCAAAUCCUGUGACAUCUACUCGUCGGCCACUUGAUCAACCGGCACGCUCGACCCAGGAUCCAUCUACGAACGCAUCAUUGCCCGGGCCCUCGCGCGGUGUUGGGUGGCGUAAGGCCAAUGCACCGGUCGUCAGACGUGCGGCAUCCCGCACUAUGCCUCCGCCGCCAUUGCCGUCCGCAUCACUGGCGCGCACUCGUAGCCAAACACUGGCGGAACAGAAGUCACUGAACGACGGGGCUUCAUCAUCGCAGGGCAUCAGCAGGGCCGCCAAGCGGGUCUACUCUGCGGAGAACGACGAACAGAACCAAUCUCAGACAUCGAAACGUCCGAAGCGUAAUUCAAGGGCAAGUCGCCCAAGCAGUCCCGAGAGCCGAGUUCCGUACGCGUCCG